AUGCUUAUCUGUAGAUAUGUUCCACCUUGGCUCUGUCAGAUUCUCGCUUGCAUGGGAGGUUGUCUUGGAUGUUUCUCAAAACCUCUUGAAAUUAUUUUGAUGGGCGAGGCCGAUGCAUCUAAGGGACUAAAAACUCAAGCUCAAACAAUGAACCAAGACAACAGAUCAGAAGAUUUCUGGAGCAGCAGUGCUAUUGAAUUAGAUCACAGUGCAACUCAAUCCCAGAGAAGCAUCUCAUCGAUUGUCGUGUCAAACCAUCUUUCUGAUCCUCAAAGUAGUGAUGGCAUUCAGACUGAUCCUCCAGAGUUUGUUAAUCAUGGUCUUCUUCUGUGGAACCAAGUAAGACAACAAUGGAUUGGAAAUAGAAAACCCGAGCGAAAGACACAAGUUGGAGAACCCAAAAUAAGUUGGAAUGCCUCGUACGAGAGUUUUCUUGGGACCAGCAAGCCUUUUCCUCAUCGUAUUCCUCUUGGAGAAAUGGUCGACUUUCUUGUUGAUAUAUGGGAACUAGAGGGCAUGUAUGAUUGA